UUGCCUGUGUUUGUAUUUAUUGCUAUUUCUGUUGGUGUCUCAGCUUUUCUAUUAGGCUUAAGUGUCGUGUCGGCAUACGUUGAAGAACUCGAUGACAAGUUUAAUGAGAACCGAAAGAGUGAGCCGUGGCUAGUGGAGUUUUAUGCUCCGUGGUGCGAAUACUGCAAGACGUUCGAGCCGAUAUGGUACGAAGUGGGUGCGGAGCUGAAGAGUUUGGGCUCGCCCGUUAAUGUGGGCAAGCUUGACACUACGGUCCACAGCAGUGUUCUUUCAGAGUUUAAUAUUCGUGGAUAUCCAGCAAUAAUCCUUGUGAAAGGAGAGAAGUCUUUUGAGUAUAGAGGCCCAAGGACAAAAGAUGGAAUCAUCGAGUUCACCAACAGAGUCGCUGGGCCAGUAGUGCGGCCCUUGACCAGCGUCCAGUUGUUCCAGCACGUCAUGAGCCGACAUGACCUUUUCUUUCUUUACAUCGGAGGGAGGUCACCCCUCAGGGGCCAGUACUAUAAAGUGGCAGCUGAAUUUAUCAUCUACAACUAUUUCUUCUCCGCCUCUGAGGAGGUUUUGCCACAGGCAGUAAGUCUGCAAGAGGUUCCAUCCGUUGCCGUGUUCAAGGACGGAACAUACUACCUCUAUAACGAGGAGCGCGAUGGCAAUCUUUCGGACUGGGUGGGCCGAGAACGCUUCCACUGUUAUUUCCAGAUGGACAGCUUCACUCUCUACCAGAUGGGAGAAACAACUAAACUCGUAGCUUUGGCUAUAGUGGAUGAGAAGAAUCCAACAACGGACAGUAUUCGCUACAAGGCACUCAUGGAAAAAGUGGCAACAGAAUACAGAGACCAUUACAACACGAAGUUUCAGUUUGGAUACAUGCAUGGAAAUGACUACAUCAAUGGCUUCAUAAUGGGUGAGUUGGCAAUGCCAUCUCUCAUCGUGAUGAACAUGACCGUUGAUGGAUAUUAUCUACCAGAGCAGAAGGUUGAGACCAUGGAAGAGCUGCUUCAGUUCCUCAAUAGCAUCCUGAAUGGGAGAUCAAAGUUACUCGGAGGGAAUGGAUUUCUGCGACGUAUGAAAAGACUUUAUUAUCGCGCCAUGUCUGCGGUAAAGACGAGUUUCACGUCCGCGCCCUUCGUCACCUGCUUCCUCCUCUCACUGCCCGUGGGUCUGGUAGUCAUGAUCGUUUGGGGGGUGUGCACUGCGGUACCGGUGGACGAGGAUAAAGCAGAUGAAGGCGCUUUGUUGGCGACGGGGAGCCGUCCUGCAGCCUCUCAAAGGAAAGGGACGGCAGAGAAGUCCAAUGAAGCCAAGAAAGAGGAUUAAAGGAACAGCUUUAAGGC